AUGUCAUUUGCAGGUGCUGACGGCCGAGGAAUCGGCUCUCGUUAAUCAGAUCGUCAGAAUCGCUUCGCUGAAGAAGGAGGACAGGGAGAAGCCACCGCAGAGAAUCCCACAGAUCUCUCCGAGAUCAUACAGAAAUGGAUUGGCGAGCAGGUUCGGAACAUAGUUUCAGAGGAAACCUUAAAAAGAAAACAUUUUCUUUCAGCAUCCACUGAGAACAGAGGCGGCUGUUCUUCACGGAUUCUGCUUUGUCGCCCACAGAAAUGUGGUUGUGCUCUGGAAGAAGGCGAACCAGCUGGCAGACCGCCUGAAAGAAAUGGAUCUCACCGUACGGACAAUUAAACUGGUGACAGAGAAUCCGGGUCUCGUUGAGUGUGAAUUCGACCAGAAAGUGAGGACUGAGCAGCUUUCGUUGAUAAACUGCUAAAUUAUCUUUUGUUAAUUGCAGAAGCUGUUGAAAUUCACGGCUGAAAGAAAAGAAAUCACGAUAAUUGAUGCGACCGCCGUCGACUUUUUCCAGGCUUUCGGGGCAGUCGACAUGGCCGACGAUCUUCUCCCCGGAGACCCUGCCGACUAUGAUCUUCGUAAGCGUUUCUUUCCAACAACAAUCUGGAUAAAAGGUGAAAUUUCAGUUCUCGAAGACAUCAGAAGAGCGUCAGCGACGCCCAGCUCCCAGGAGCCAAUCGACGAGCAGGACGCUCUUUCGGACAGCGAACCCACUUACGCCGAUCUGUUGGUUUCUUCUAAAUCACUGCUUUUAUUCGAACAUUUUCAGGAGCAUUUGGUGCAGAGAAGAGACCGAGGGAGUGGAGAAUCUGAAUCCGGGACCAGUUUCCUGCUCCUCAUCUCAAGAGGCAUUGGAUUCGUACGAUUCUGGGCUCGGAAUGAGCGCCCUCUCUCUUUCGAUGUAAGAAAACGAUUCGUGAUGUAUAAAAUCAGAAGUUUUCAGCGACACACACUACCACUUCCAGCAGCCGAGGUCCAGUGCCGAAUCGGAUGCGAAUUUUCAUCAGUACUUUCAGAUUUUUGAAAACUUGAAAAAAGUGUUUUGCAGGGACUCGCCACAAACGAACAUGAUGCUGACGCCAGUCAUGGAGUCUCCGCGUGUGCCGGGAAUUCGAGGAUCUUCGAGACGAAGGUAGAUAAGCUUUCAGUUCGGAUCAGACGGGAAUUCUCGAUUUCCAGAACACGCUCACCGAGCCAACAUCUUUCACCGAUUCGAGAGGACGUGGGCGAGCCAGGAGAAGUCGAUGACGUUGAAGAGGAAAUGUAAUACCAUAAAACUUUAUUCGAUUUUGAAAAAAAAAAGGAUUCAGAAUCUUCAAUCCGCCGGUUACUUCAACUCCAUUGAAAAGGCGAGAACAGCGCGUAAAGCUGGAAAAGAAAGAGUUCACUCCGGAGAUGAUUCCAAAGAAAAAGCGACGAAUCGGACAGAAGAAGGCGAAAAAGAAAGAAGACGGCGUGAAGAUCAAAGAGAAGAAGCCGAGAUCGAAGAGAGCUACCAGAAGAGCCAGCCUGCCGCCACAACGAGACGAACCGGAGGAUCAGGGACCGGUUGAUGAAGAUCCUGAAGUGCCGGCGGAGCAAGACCGUCAGAGUCCCGUGACCGAUCGUGAUGGAUCCGUCGACCGAGUUGAAAUGGCUCGCGACCCUGACUUCGACUUUCACUUCCAUUUCGAUGCGCCAGAUCUUAUGGAUGUCGACCAAGCUCCGCCAAUCGACGAUGAGCACGUCCUGCCGCACAGUCGUCAGAGAACCCCGCCAAAUCAUGAAGUUCUCCAGAAUCCGGACGAAGAGUCGGAAUCUCUUGACGUUUUCAUGGAUAUUGCCCACGUCGACGAUAUAGGGGAGCCGUCAGAAGCUCCGCCAAUCGAUGAAAUGCGGCACAGUCGUCAGAGGACUCCGUCAAAUAGCGACGAAGUUCUGAAAGAUCCAAAUCAAGAAUCAGAAUCGCUCGACGUUUUUAUGGAUGUAUUGCACGUCGACUUGGUCGGGGAGCAGCCGCAGCCAAUCAACGAAGAGCAGCAUACUCGUCACAUAACUCCUCUAAAUUACGAUGAAGUUCUGCAGAAUCAGACUCCGGAGCCGAGUGAAGAAUCGGAAGUUUUCGACGAGAUUAAACAGAAAGUUCUGAAUGCAAUCAAUAAAAGCGACGAAGCGGUGAGCUUUUUCUUUUUUUUUCUCACAAAUUAGGCCAUUAGUCCGUUGAAAAAUGUGAAAUCCGACCCCUCCCCUCCUACUUAAUUCUGCUCAUUUUUCAGCUCAUUUCCUUCUCGCCGCUCCUCUUGAGCAUCUGUCCACAGCCCAACGCAAAAUCGGCGGCUCGUGGCUUCAUGAGCAUUCUGGAGCUCGCGAAGACUCGUCAAAUUGCUCCGCCCGUUCAAGAAGAGCCAUUCGGAGCGAUUAUGCUCUCCGCUAACCCGACUAACCCUCCUUUACCCUCUUCUUCAUCAUAA